UGAAGGUUUAAAAGUUUAAAAAGUUAGGGGAGGUGCUCGGAUCGAGAUGCCACUUGCAAAACUAAAAUUUUUGACACCUCAUUCAACUUGAUCGGACAUCGACAAAAGGUCGCACCACGCUAUCAAAGUUUAAUGCACUCUGAAGUUUUAGAGUGCAAAAUGUCUGAGUGCAGUUACACACACAAAUUUCGCGGAUCCGAGAGUGCGAAUUUCUGAGUACUUCUGCACUCAGAACACCUCUGAGAGUGACUUAAUCAGAGUGAGUGCAACUUCAAACAAUAUACUUCCUACUAUAUGUGGUUAAGGAACGACAGGGAACAAUGUUCUGGGGGUCAAAACGAGGCGGAGCCGAAUUUGUAGUCCGUUUCGUCGUAUCUCAAUAGCUCUUAUGGGAAAAUGACCUGAAAAGUAAACUUUUUGAAAAAUAGGCUUAUCAUUGCAAACAUUUUGGAUUUUGUUUCCAGAAAUGAAAUCUACACGUCAAAACACACCCAGUGAUGUGCCACACUUGGUGUUGUACUCGAGGGUCCGUGGCCAGGUGGGGCCUUAACUUAGCUAAAUUCUACUAAAAAUGGCAAGAAGAUCCAUAAAUUAGCAUCUCUCAGCGGCUGCUCCUUUGGUGGAACACCAAGUGUGGCACAUCACUGGGUGUGUUUUGACGUGUAGAUUUCGUUUCUGGAAACAAAAUUCAAAAUUUUUGCAAUGAUAAGCCCAUUUUCAAAAAAAAGUUAUUUUUUAGAUCAUUUUCCCAUAAGAGAUCUGUGGUAAACUUUGAUAGCGUGGUGCGACCUUUUUCCGAUGUCCGAUCAAGUUGAGUGUGGUGUCAAAAAUUUUAGUUUUGCAAGUGGCAUUUUGAUCCGAGCACCUCCCCUAACUUUUUGAACCUUCAGUUUUUUUGCCGCCCUCUAAGGGGAGCUACUCUCCUCCAGUGAAAUGGCGGUCCAGUGUUCCCUCGAUAUAGAUACGCGAUUUGGGCUUCGCCACGGAUCUAUAUCGAGUGAACCCAGGUUGGGCGUGGGUACCACGCCUAGGCAGGGCUCGGGGCGGGGCCGGACCCUCCGGCGCCCAGCUGCCAGGGGAUUAGCGACCGGCGGGGAGAGGUCUAAGCCGGGCCGUUCGCUUGUUCCGAUCAAAGUCUAUUCUGUUCGAAAAACGUUUAUGAUGUUCAUUGCAUCGUCUUGCUUUUUAAUAAACAUUUUUUAACGUCCAAACCGCAUGUCUAAACUCCAAUUUUGAGUUUGCAAGUUUUCUCGCGCAGAGCUCCUGCGACGCUAGCAGCGACCUCACGUAGCUUCCGACGCUUGCGACGCCUUCGAAACAUCGCAAAUGAUUUUAUCAAUUUUCUAUCCAGUAUGAAUCCGAAUACCGUUUGUUUAACGAACUUUUGUCUUAAGGCCCACAGGUAUUAGUUUCUGUUUGUCUCAUUAUAAAUGUUCCAAUUUCAAUUUAACAUUCAAAUAUAACGUUAUAUUUGAAUGAAGCAUUGUUUUUCUACGCAAUACACCCAAACAUAUGUAUUUGGCAGUUAAACUCUGGCCGCAUAGAUAGCGGUGACUUGUCGGCCAUUUGCAUGUAUCGCUGUUUCCUACGAGCUUCAUAUCCUACCCCAUCGCAGCACUAGCACUAUCUGUGGUCGCUUUGUUUGUUUUCUUGAUUUACUUCAAUAAUUUUUAAGUUUUAUCGGUUAAUAUUAUAAAAUGGGGAGAUACAGAGCUUGGGUUCUCGAGGGUAAUCGUGAACCGAAAUCCACAAAGUGUUACCGGAAAAACUAUCGGAGAAAGAAAGAGGUAUGUUGAUUUAAAGAUACAGUGUCUCUUAACCUAUACAUACCCAAACAUUUGAGCUCAAAAAUUAUAAUUUCUUUAGGCCGAUAAUAAUUGAAAAUAUUUUGUACUUGUUUUAGAAACCCCCUUGCACUGAGGCAGCCCCUGUCCAACCAGUAAAUGUCAACGAGCGAUGUGAACAAGAAGUGUGUGAAGCGAUUCAGAACCCUGGUAGUAGCAGAGUGCAGAGCAACAAUAAUUUACAACAGCAAGCACCAGGCAGGGACAACCGGCCCAUAGAUCAGGAAAGAGACGAUUUUCUAAUUGCUACAUUAAGAGAAAACGACUCCAGCACUGAUAGUUCUGAUGAUCAGGUGAGACCAAAUAAGCAGAAGCAGGUGAAGCGUCGCAAGCGCAGGAGUAAAACUAUUCCCAGGGAGGUUCAAGAUAGCGACGAUGCUCUCUCAAGCAGCGAAAGUGACUCAUCUUCUGACCCACAUCAAGCUACAUCAGCCCCUGUGCCUUCGCCGGAGAUUUCACCUGUGCCUUCACCAGUUCCGUCCCCUGUGCCAGCCAUGCCAACAGACUUCGCUUUGGGUGGCAAUGAGCGUUCUGUUGUGACCAGUGAAAACUCUCAUGAAAAACCACCAGUGACUCCUAAAAAGCCUUGUGAACCAUUGUGUCUAUGCACAGAUGUUAGUGUUGAGGAACUUUUGUUUAUGACAUUAACUCUGGGCUUACGCCAUGGCUUAACCUGGGUUGCACAAGUUGAUAUUCUAAAAAUGAUGGCAACAAUUUUUAAAAGUGCUUCAAUCCCUACAACAAAACAUAUGUACAAGGAAAGAUUGAAUGUUGAGGAUGAGAAAGACAUUAAAAACCAUGUGUUCUGCCACAGGUGUAAUGCAUAUCUGGGUAUUAAACAUGAAAAAAUAACAUCCAUGUACUGUGAGACGUGCAACAAAAAUAUUUCAGUGAAGGUUUCGUCAAACUGCUUUGUGUCUUUAUCGAUAGAAUCACAAUUACAGAAAUUUUUAAAAGAUGAUUAUUUUGUAAGUAGCUUGCUUAAAUAUAGAUUUGAGCGUACAUCCCAGCCUGGAUUGUAUAGUGAUAUUUAUGAUGGUAAAGUGUACAAAAGCUUUAGUGCUGAGGGUGGAAUACUUUCAUCUCCCUUUAAUUUCUCAUUUACUUUCUUCACUGAUGGUGUUGCCUAUGGAAAGUCUUCCAACAAAACCAUAUGGCCAAUAUAUUUAACUGUAAAUGAGAUUCCUUAUCAUGAGCGAAUCAAAUAUUUUAUUUUGGCUGGAGUGUAUGCUGGACCUAAAGAUCCAAAAGAAUUGUACUUUAUGAAACCUUUUGUGGAUGCCUUGAACGUUUUAUCCUCAACUGGCAUAAAUUGGAUUUACAACGGUGAGGAGGUCACCAGUAUUGUUAUACCCAUCUGCUGUGUAGCUGAUUCUGUUGCUAGGUGUCAACUAUUGAAUUACCAUAACUAUGCCGGCAGAUAUGGAUGUACUUUUUGUUACAAAAUGACCGAAUACAUUACUAAAACGGGAAGUCGCUACCCCUUUAUAACUGAUGAAACUCCCGAGCCAAGGACAAAGGAGAGUUACAAAGAAGAUUUACUGUGCCUAGGUUGGCAAAGGAAUUUGAUUGAUAGAGCACACAGGGGGGUGAAAGGAGCAUGUAAUUUAACAUUUCUUAACCACUUCAGUAUGUUUGAUUCUUUGGUAGUUGAUUACAUGCAUUGCAUGCUGCUUGGCAUUGUUAAAAAACACACUGAGUUGAUUCUGGAAAAAAAAAAUGUGGUUACAUGAAUCAGACGAAAGCAU